AUGCCAGAUCACGAACACGAUCACUUUCUGGGCGGGACUCUCUCAGUUUCCCAUGAUGAAUCUUGUCUGGACUUGAAGUACGACCACAUCGCCUGCAGAGGCCCCGAAAACAAUCAUCAGCACCACCCGGUACCCAACCAUAACCACCCUCGAAUCAACCUGAACUCGAUACCGAUGCUUCAGCGAAGACACCACAGCAUCUCUACAAUGCCCGGUUUACCCAACUUCUUUGACACCAAGACCCAGUCGCCUGUGGGCUUUGGCCCGAAUGCCCUCAUGUCGCCAACCGCCCAUGUGGACUUCGCUGCCAUGAUCCGUACCGACUCCAGUCCUAACGUUGAGGAUGAUAGUACCUCGGCGGCAUGCAGCAGUCUGGACUGUAAUCAGUGUGCAAGCGACUGUGGUGCCAGCGAGGCCGGCGAUAUCUGUCGAGAUGCCGAGUGCGGCCCAGCCUGUGACGACUAUGACUGCGAGCGGGCUGCUUCCUGUGAAGACGCCGAGUGUCUGUCUCGCUCGCUCUCGGAGAAGGACAAAGCCGCUGCCGGCGUGUUGGCAUCUUUCGGCGGAGAGAACUCCUUGGGUCAAGAUGCGAUGGCUACUUCCUCGAUGUCUUCCCUGCAAACUUCACAGUUUUUUUCGGGCCAGGCUUCUUUCGACAACGGGUUGAUGGCAACAGCCAACCAAAGUUCUUUCCACAAUGGGGGAUUGCCCUCAACGGUGGCCCAAUCAAUGAACAUGGAUGGAUUUUAUCAAUGCGAUCUGGACUCCCUUCCUGCCACCUAUAUGGACGCAAGUAUGCACGGCAACUUCGACUGGGCAUCAUGGGCGGCACACAUUGCCAAUGAGCAUUCCUCUGGGGCCUGUGUGCGUCCCUGUUUGAUGGAGCAAAAUCUACCUUUCGACAACAAGAAGUGCCCCAUACCUCACCAGGUGUUCACCCAUCCAGGUCAGGAGUAUUUCUGCGUGCCCUCGGACCAGACAAACUUUGUUGCGUGUGGCGCUGAAUUCAACAACACUGCGGAUCUUAUCGAGCAUAUCUUUACGCAACAUCAGCACCAGCAUACAGAAGGAGAGCCAAUCAACUUUUUCUCGGAAGUACACCCACCUACGCUGCCUCUGAUGGCUUCCCAACAUCAGCACACACAUACUCAUUCCCACUCACCGGGCAACAUACAAGCCUCUACGAAAGUUCCCCCCAACAGAGAAUCUUCAAACUCCUCUAUCUCUCGGCGCCUGACAACUUCAUCACCAGUGACAUCCCCCAACACCCUCCCUUCUGCGGCCAGCCCCAACACGUUGGAACAGUUCGCUUGUAAGUGGCACAAUGAAGGGGGCGGAAAGACCUGUGGGUUGAUUUUCCAAGAUGAUGAGGGCCUGCAGAACCAUUGCCGCGAGCAGCACCUCAAACAUUUGAACAAGACGGACAAUGGCUUUAGAUGUCGGUGGGAGGGCUGUUCUCGAGACGGACAAUUCACGCAGAAGAGCAAGCUAGAGCGACAUCUGCAAACACACACUGGUUUCAAGCCAGUCAAGUGCGGAAUCUGCGGCCUGGCACUAUCUGCGAAACAGUCCCUUGCUCAGCACAUGCGCAUCCACACUGGAGAAAAGCCGUGGGCAUGUCAACAUCCAGGCUGCGAUGCUGCUUUCAAGCAACAGAGCGCGCUGACUAUGCAUAUGCGAACCCAUACAGGCGAGAAGCCUCUGAGCUGUGAGGUCUGCGGCAAGGCGUUCGGCGAGUCUUCCAACCUGUCCAAGCACCGCAAAACCCACAAUGUCAAAGGCGCAUUCAAGUGUGAUUUCUGCGACAAGGACUUCCAUAGACUUGACCAGAAACGAAGGCACGAGAAGACUCAUAGACCCAAGGAAAAUGGCGGCGCUGCAAUGGACAUUGAAACUUCCCAAACCAUCAGAAGGACUCAGGGCGGCCGAGUCACGAAGAAUACGAAAUGA